GUCUCAACUCUCACAAGUCUCACUCAAUCUGUGGUUUUUGGCAACAUCUCCAUCAAACACAGACACACACAAAGAUACCACUUUCUAAUCUAUUUGUCUUGUUCUUCUUCAACAAGAAUUGAUUACAAUCAUUCUGAAACAUAACAUAACAUAACACAAAGAUUCUAUGUCUUCUGAACUCUAUUCUUUUGGCACCACAACUUUCCACACUCAUUCAACCUCAGAACAUGUCUCUACUGAUGGAACUGGAAGUGGAGACCUACCACCAUUUUUUUCUGACUCUUUCCCUUUUUUCAACACUGAAGUUAUUUCUCAACAAAAUUCUAACUCAUUAUUUGAUGAAUCUCUUAUUCCUUCUUCUCUAGACCCUUUUUCACCUUCUUUUUUCUCUUUCUCUCCUCCAACUGAAAACCUCACCAUUUUUCAUCAUCAAACUAAUAAUAACAAUGGAAGUUUCUCAGCUUUCGAUAUAUCCGAAGUUAAAAACGAGGAAUCACAAAUAAGUAUUGAUUAUUAUAACAACUACAACAACAAUAAUACUCAAUUUCUUCCACAUAGUUAUAGUGGUGUUGAAAAUGUAUCAAAGUACAUGCAAAGAAGCUUCAGUAGUAACUCUUUUGAAAAGAAGCCAAAUUUACUAUUUCAAACUCACCAUGAUAAUCUCGUUGAUUCAUCAAAAUUUCAAAGACAUGAUUUAAGCUCUCCUGAAAAUAGUUUGAGAAGGGUUUGUAGCACAGGUGAUUUGCAGAACAUCAAAGCAAAUAAUAUGUCUCCAACAGAAGGAAAUUUGCAAGAGGAUCAGAAUUUCAAAGUAGGACGUUACAGUGCAGAAGAAAGAAAAGAAAGAAUUUCGAAAUACAGAGCAAAGAGAACUCAGAGGAACUUUAACAAGACCAUUAAGUAUGCAUGUAGAAAGACAUUAGCGGAUAAUCGACCACGCGUACGUGGCAGGUUUGCGCGCAACGAUGAGCCCAACGAGAUUCCUAAGGCUCCAUGUUUAAUCAGAGAUGAAGAUGAAGUCAAUUUUUGGAUGGAAGAAUUACGAUUGCAUGAAGAUGAUGUAACAGUGGGAGCAGCACAACAAUAUUUGAAGAGUAAUAGCUAUGGAGUUAGUCAGUUUCAGUAUUUUGGCUUGUGACUUUUAAUUUUAGGAAGAAGAAUCUUUAGACUUUUUAGGUUUCACCACUUGAUCAAUUAAGCACAAGUCUUUAUUUACUUUCUUUCUAAUGUUUAAGUUAAUUGUUAUAAAAUAAAAUAUAUAUGAUGUACUAUAAGUUAGUCACCAUGGAAUCUCUCAGAUGUUCCUAAGGUCAAUAUGAAAAUUGGUUGUUAGAGAGUGUCCUAGAUAGCUAGUUAAUUUAUAGUUGCAUUAUAUUCUUCUUUUCAUUUCUUUUACUCUAGGUAUGAUUUAUGAUCA